UAAAUUUGCUUACAUUUUAUUUGCCGACACGAAAAAGAAGAACAAUAAAAAAAAUCGCUUUACUCCAAAUUUUCUCCAUAAAUAAUAUUCUUGCUCCAGUUUCAUCAGUUUAUUUAUAUCACUCUCUCAACUCUGUUUAAACCUCUAUGGAUUUCUGCCAGAAUAUCUCUCUUUCCGGCGGUCUUCCGGCCACCUAUCCGCCGGAGCAACACCUUCAUUGCAGCCUUGAUAACCUCCUUUCCGGUCACUCCACCAUGGAAGAAGGUGAUAUCAACAUGGAAUGGCUAUCAGUUUUUGUGGAGGAUUGUUUAUCCAGCAGUGGAAAUUGCAUGCCACCAGAACCAAAACCAAAACCCGAGAGUACAACUUGCAAUGCACAAGGUACAAACACAUCAACACAACCCGAAGUGAAAGCAACCCAUUCCACGCUUAAACUAGUUGUACCUUGCAAAGCAAGAAGCAAGAGAAAAAGAAGCCCAACAUGUUGGUUAGCCGAGAGUGAGCUCAUUUUACCAAAAAAAUGUACAAGUCCAUACAGCAGUAGUUUCGGGCAGGACAAGGGGAGCGAAGGGCAGGGACCAAAAAAAUGUACAAGUCCCUACAGCCGUAGUUUCGGGCAGGACGAGGGGAUUGGCGGGCAGGGGCAAGGAAGGAAAUGCACACAUUGCCUCUCACAAAGAACUCCACAAUGGAGGGCAGGACCACAAGGGCCGAAAACAUUGUGUAAUGCAUGUGGGGUGAGGUACAAGUCGGGCAGGCUGCUGCCCGAAUAUAGGCCUGCCAAGAGCCCAACUUUUGUGAGCCAUAAACAUUCUAAUUCUCAUAAGAAAGUGUUGGAGAUGAGAAUGUCUCUUUUGCCCUCUUCCUCUAUCAAUUCCUCUUCUUCUUCUCUUUAGUUAGGGUGAGGGCUUAGUAGUAAUCUUCCAUAUUAGCCCAUCAUGUAAAAACUAAUGGUGAUGGUUAAUUUUUAGAAACUUGUGUUUUUACUUAUUAUCUAGCUAAUAUACAAUGAUUAAGGUAGUUUUUA